AUGAAUAUUCAAAUCGGUGGUGUUAGAAUCGGAGGAGUUAGGGUCGGCUGCGCAGAUGUACUGCGAGCGCGUGGAUCGGGCCCGGAAGCCGUGGCGUUCGCCCUCGAGUGCUCUCGCGUCAUUUCAAUCAGCGUGCCCGCGAGGGCUGGGGGCGUGGCGGCGCGGGGCGGCGCGGGGCCGGGAGGAGCAGAUCGGCGCGGAGGCGCGCGAAGGGCUGCGCGGUGGCCGGCGCAGCGCGGGCCUCUAUCGAUCGCGUCGGCGGCGGCGACGGAUGCUGGGGCCGGUAGUCGGGACCCGGGGACCGCGCUGGUGGCCUGCCCGCCCGCCCGCCGGCCGUGUGUGCUGCUGCCGCUGCCGUCGCCGCCGCCACGCCGCUCGCUCGUCGCUUGUCUAUCGCUCCGGUUAGUGCCGCGCCCGCCCCCGCGCGCGUUUCAUGCGACGCGCGACGCCCCCCGGGUGACUAACUGCUGCCCCUUGCGCUGGAUGCGCUCUGCUGGUCGGCGGAUUGAGGUUAGGUUUUGUUCUCCCUCCGCAACAGGGCCUCCAGGGGUGGUCGAAGAGCGCGGGCACUUCUUAUUCGGGGACGUAGCUUCCUCCCGUUGGGCGCGGGCCUUCUCCCACGGGAUGGGCGACAAAGGGAGCGCCCGUCCUGGAAGCCGUAAAGACAAACGCUGCCGUCAGUGGGCGAUCUGCAGGGCGUCGCACGCGCCGCGGGGCUCCGAGCUACAAUAG